AUGGGCAUGCGCAACCGCCUCGACGGCAAUAAUAUGUCAGGACAACGCAAUAUCCCCCCUGAAAUCGGGGAACAGCCCGAGCAACCACCCUUGGAGGCCCCAGGGGCAGCUGCCCCCAGUGUUGGGCCUAGCCCAGCCGAAGAGAUGGAGACCCAACCGCCUCACAAUGAGCCCAUCCCCAUCGAGAGUGACAACGAGGCCAGCGGACCCCCAGAAGUCUCCAGGCCCAACUUCCAGGGCCUCAACCAGACCUUCGAGGAAGCCAGAGCCAGUGGAGGCUACAGCCCACCUCCUGAGGAAGCCAUGCCCUUCGAGGUCGAGCAGCCCAGCUUGGGAGGUUUCUGGCCUACCCAGGAGCAGCCUGGGUUCCCCACUGGGCCCCCUGCAGGCCUCGAGGCCUUGGGCCCAGCGUUCAUGGAGCCCGGAACCUUCAGUGGUGAGAGACCAGGCCUGGGAGGCUACAGUCCUCCACCAGAAGAAGCUAUGCCCUUUGAGUUUGACCAGCCUACCCAGGGAGGCCGCAGCCAACCUCUCUUGCAGGUCCCCGACCUUGCUCCAGGAGGCCCGGGUGCAGGGGUCCCUGGAGCUCCUCCCGAGGAGCCCAGAGUCCUCCAGCCUGCAAAUGCUGGCUUCAGAGGAGGCUAUAGCCCUCCCCCUGAGGAGGCUAUGCCAUUUGAGCUUGAUGGAGAAGCAUUUGGGGAUGACAGCCCACCUCCCGGGCUCCCCCGAGUUAUCCCACAAGUCGUCGGUGGCAGCCAGUUCACGGCAGUCGCGGUCCCGAGUGCGGUCCGCCUCGCUCCCGCCGCAAACGCGCCACCCUUCUGGGUCCCAGGCGCCAUCGGCAGCCCAUCUGGAGAAGCUGUCAGACCUGCUCCUAACUUCGCGGUCGACAGCCCCCCGAUGGAGAUCUCCAGACCCCCUCUCAAGAUUGGCAGCGCCCCCAUUGGGGUCGACGACGCUCCCGUCAACAUGGACAGCCCCCCAAUCGCGAAUGACGGCCCGCCCAUCGAGGUCUCCGGAGCCCCAGAUAAGAGAGAGCGAGCAGAGAGACCCCCAGUUGAGGGAGAAGCAGCCGAGAUGGAAGGAGGCUCAGCUACCGCUGCUGCGGAGGAAGGAAAAGUCCCCUCUCCGGGGGACGGAUCCCCUGCCGCCCCAGCCGAUCCUGACUCCGGGGCAGCCCCUGCCGCCCCAGCCGAUCCUGACACCCAGGCAGCCCCUGCCGCCCCAGCCGAUCCUGACGCCGGGGGAGUCCCUGCCGCCCCAGAAGAUCCUGAUGCCGGGGCAGACCCUGCCGCCCCAGCCGAUCCUGACACCGGGGCAGCCCCUGCCGCUCCAGCCGAUGCUGACACCGCCCAGGGAGCCCCAGCCGAUCCAGAUGCCAGGGGAGCCCCUGCCGCCCCAACCGAUCCAGACGCUGGGGCAGCUCAUGCCUCCCCAGCCGAUACCGAUGCCGCCCAGGGAGCCCCAGCCGAUCCAGAUGUCGGGGGAGCCCCUGCCGCCCCAGCCGAUCCAGACCCCGGGGCAGCUUCUGCCGCCCCAGCCGAUCCAGACGCCGGGGCAGCCCCUGCCGCCCCAGCCGAUCCAGACGCCGGGGCAGCUUCUGCCGCCCCAGCCGAUUCUGAUGCCGGGGGAGUCCCUGCUGCCCCAGCCGAUCCAGCCCCCAGGGCAGCCCCUGCAGCCCCUGUCGCUCCUGCCACCCGGGCAGCCCCUGCCGCCCGGGCAGCCCCUGUCGCCCCUGCCUCAGGGGCCAGACGCAAGCUCCAUCUCCUUAGACCCCCCAGCCCCGAGAUCCAGGCUGCUGACCCGCCUACUCCGCGGCCUACUCGGGCGUCUGCCUGGCGGGGUAGGGCUGAGCGUGGCCGCGGCCGCCGCAGGUACGAGGAGGAGGGGUCCGCCAGCGACGACGAUUCCUCCAGUGAUGAGUCCGAAGAUGGGACCACCGGCUGCUUCCAGUGGUUCCAGCGGCGAAAUCGCCGUCGCCGAAAGCCCCGGCGCAACUUACUCCGCAACUUCCUCAUGCAAGCCUUCGGGGGCUGCUUCGGUCGUUCUGAGAGUCCCCAGCCCAAAGCCACGAGCCCCACCAAGGUCAAGAAGGUAUCUCUGGCGGAGAAGCGCAGACAGAUGCGCAAAGAAGCCAUUGAGAUGCGCGCCCAGAAGCGCGCAGCGAAGAAACGCAGCAAGCUCAUCGACAAGCAACUUCAGGACGAAAAGAUGGGUUACAUGUGUACGCACCGCCUGCUGCUUCUAGGUGCUGGAGAAUCUGGUAAAAGCACCAUUGUGAAGCAAAUGAGGAUCCUGCAUGUUAAUGGGUUUAAUGGAGAGGGCGGCGAAGAGGACCCGCAGGCUGCAAGGAGCAACAGCGAUGGUGAGAAGGCCACGAAGGUGCAGGACAUCAAAAACAACCUGAAGGAGGCCAUUGAAACCAUCGUGGCUGCCAUGAGCAACCUGGUGCCCCCUGUGGAGCUGGCCAACCCUGAGAACCAGUUCAGAGUGGACUACAUUCUGAGCGUGAUGAACGUGCCUGACUUUGACUUCCCACCUGAAUUCUACGAGCAUGCCAAGGCUCUGUGGGAGGACGAGGGAGUGCGUGCCUGCUACGAGCGCUCCAACGAGUACCAGCUGAUCGACUGUGCCCAGUACUUCCUGGACAAGAUUGAUGUCAUCAAGCAGGCCGACUAUGUGCCAAGCGACCAGGACCUGCUUCGCUGCCGCGUCCUGACCUCUGGAAUCUUUGAGACCAAGUUCCAGGUGGACAAAGUCAACUUCCACAUGUUCGAUGUGGGCGGCCAGCGGGAUGAACGCCGCAAGUGGAUCCAAUGCUUCAAUGAUGUGACUGCCAUUAUCUUCGUGGUGGCCAGCAGCAGCUACAACAUGGUCAUCCGGGAGGACAACCAGACCAACCGCCUGCAGGAGGCUCUGAACCUCUUCAAGAGCAUCUGGAACAACAGAUGGCUGCGCACCAUCUCUGUGAUUCUGUUCCUCAACAAGCAAGAUCUGCUCGCUGAGAAAGUCCUUGCUGGGAAAUCGAAGAUUGAGGACUACUUUCCAGAAUUUGCUCGCUACACUACUCCUGAGGAUGCCACUCCCGAGCCCGGAGAGGACCCCCGCGUGACCCGGGCCAAGUACUUCAUCCGAGAUGAGUUUCUGAGAAUCAGCACUGCUAGUGGAGAUGGGCGCCACUACUGCUACCCUCACUUCACCUGCGCUGUGGACACUGAGAACAUCCGCCGUGUGUUCAACGACUGCCGCGACAUCAUCCAGCGCAUGCAUCUUCGUCAGUACGAGCUGCUCUAAAGAGGGAACCCCCAAAUUUAAUUAAAGCCUUAAGCACAAUUAAUUAAAAGUGAAACGUAAUUGUACAAGCAGUUAAUCACCCACCAUAGGGCAUGAUUAACAAAGCAACCUUUCCUUUCCCCCGAGUGAUUUUGCGAAACCCCCUUUUCCCUUCAGCUUGCUUAGAUGUUCCAAAUUUAGAAAGCUUAAGGCGGCCUACAGAAAAAGAAAAAGAAAAAAAGAAAAAGGCCACAAAAGUUCCCUCUCUCUUUCAGUAAAUAAAAUAACAGCAGCAAACAGAAAUAAAGAAA